AUGGAUGACGAGGCAUGGAAACGAGAGCACCCAUACCGGAAGCCGGAGGGCGAGGAUGACUUCAAGGCAGAAUGGGAAGGCUCUUGUCACUGUGGGAAGGUACACUAUCUGUUGGGACGGGCAAAACCACUUGCUUCAAAGUACUGUCACUGUAAAGACUGUCAGACCAUGCAUGCGGCCGCCUUCCAAUGGGCCACCAUCUUCCACAAGUCCGACCUCCGCUUCACCAACGGCACCGAAGGACUGGCUUACUAUUCGUCCACCCUCCGUCAGCCCGUCCACUCCACACCCUGCAAGGUCUAUUGUGGCACCUGCCACACGCCGAUCAUGGACGAAGGGCGGAACAUGAUCAUGUUGUUCCCAGAGCUCCUCAAGGGGCUGAGGGGUACAGAAGAGGGGCGGGAGGGGUUCCGGGUGCGCGAGCACAUCUGCUGGCCUGGUCGGGUGGUGGAUGAGGGAGUUUUUGAGGGGGAUGGAGUGAGGAAAUGGGCUGGGGUUGAUGGGCGGAGUGAGCUUUUGGAUGACGGGAAUGGAAAGGCAUAG